UCCGGCCUGCAGCGACACACAGGUAUCGUAGACAGCAGUACUAAUGGGUUACUGCACACGAAAUGCGCUGUAUUGUGAGAUCAACCAGACGAUGUGGUGCUGAUAUAUAAUGAAAACCUUAGCAGAGGGAUGAUCGUUCAGCUCGCAAGGACAUCUUUCGAGGACCAGUCUGUUGGAAGAGUGGACAUACUGAUUCUCACAUGGGAACCCAUUCUGUGGUUGUCUGGAUAUAGUUUUACUAAUACUGCAGAUUUUAAAAGGGAUGCCAUCAGCACAUCGCCAAAAUAAUUUCAUCAUGGAAAAUCAGAAAUCAAUGAACACUAUUGCUUCAACGCAGUUGAGUGGAGAAUCAAGUACCUUCAUCUGCACUGAAUGUGGUGAUGGGUUCAGCCAGUACUCUAAUGUGUUGGCCCACAUGGCUGUUCAUGGACCUUUGGAGUCAUUUUCUUUGGAUGGCUCAUCCAAUGGAUUUGAAGUCCCUCGAGAAUACGUGCUACAAGAAAAUGGUACACUGACAGUUGUGAAUGGUUUCGAGACACAGUCUUCUGUAAAACCAGUAUCUCCUGGAGUCCUGCCAUCGCAUUUACCAUCCCCUAUCAAACCAGUUUCUCCAACCAUCAGGCCUCAGCCUUUUCCUUAUAGAGAUGUGUUCAGGCCAAGGCCAUCAGACUCGAACUUGGACAAGUCUCGUCAGGGCCAUUACCGUUGUGAAAUAUGUAGCAGAUCAUUCAACAGCCUACAGAGUUUACAUCGUCAUCAGCAGUAUCGAAACACAGAGCGAGGUUACAAGUGCACUUUGUGCUGUAAGAUCUUUGAAGGUAGACAGGACCUUAAGAAACACCUCCAAGACCAUGCCAAUGAGAGGUUUCACUGCUGUAGUCAUUGUGGUAAGCGAUUCCUUAAAGUGGAUGCACUUAAUGCUCAUCAAAAAGAAAAUCACCUCGUCCCCAAGGCUACAGCUUUGGGCAAAUCUUUAAAUAAGCAGGAAAAGAAAAUUGAGAAAACGUAUGCUUGUAGAAAGUGCAAGUGCAAUUUUUUCUGGGUGUCGGAUUUUCAGACGCAUUCACUUCACCAUUGCAAAGGAAAAGGGCCUGAUGCUACUUUUGCAUCUGAAAUCGAAAUUGAGGUGAACUCUAAGAACAGUGAAGACCUACCACUUCAAAACUGCUUUAGUAAUGGCACACAUGUUGAUGUUAAGAAUGGUGAUAGUAAAAUCUUAAGGGUUUGUAGUGAUGAGAUUAAUACUGAAUUGUCUUCCACACCAUACAGAUGUGGUUUAUGUGGGGAUCGUUUCCAAAAAUUAACAGCUCUGAAGGAGCACCAUCUCACGCAUCAAACUCAGGAGGAAAUAGAUCAGCUGAAUCAAGAAUCACAAAGAACAUUCAAGCGAAGAAUGCCACCUAAAGGCAGACGUAGAAGAGCGAGUAAUCCAAAUGGCAAACUGCAUCCUUGCAAGCACUGUCAUCGCGUCUUUAAUCACUCCAGUAGUUUAUCUCGGCACAUGAGAUACCACAAGGGUACUAUGCACACAUGUGUAUUUUGUGGUAGACAUUUUCCACAGCGCUGUGAUUUGAGAAGGCACAUAGCAAUGUACCACAAAACUGAACUGGAAAAGAAACCAGGUGCGAAACAAUUAUACACAAAUCCACAAAAUGGUCCCGCCCCCAAUUUUCUCAAUGGCGACAAAAUGUUAAGCUCUCCUGAUGAGAAAACCAAGAGCUCCUCUGACAAUGAACAAGCAGCGUCACCAGAGCAACAGCCAAAGGGGAAGCAAUCGGGAAAAGCGGGCCGGGUUAACUACAAGUGUCAGGAAUGUGGAAAAAGAUUUGGGCUGCUUUGUGUGUACCAACGCCACUUGCGCUAUCAUAAAAAGGAACCUAGUAAGUGUCCGAGGUGUCCCGCUCAAUUCAAAACCUCUUCAUCCCUGGAUCUUCACCUUCAACAUCAUCCUAGCACUGGAGAAGCUAAUGAUAUUGGACAAGCCUCUCGCGGCCCUGGUUCCAGUGGGGAAAAGGGUAAUGCAGAGGACAUAGAAGAUGACUUUAUGGACCAUACCGAAAAUGAUAAAGGAAAUUCUUCCGAGGUUCUUUAUGAAUGCACUGAGUGCACUGAGACAUUCUCAUGCUUGGACACGUUUCUUCAGCACCAGACUUCUCAUGGCUCAGAAAACAACGGGUAACUAUCAUGUCAGACCCACUUCUUAUUGAUAUUGGCAACAAUCAAGCUCUUAGUAGUUGGGUGUUUUUUGACUCUAAUUCUAAUAUUUGUAUAUUACUGUAUAUUGAUGUAAAGUUUGUAAUGUUUCUUUUUGAUGAACACCUUUUAUACACACUUUCUUUUUGGCAUGAGAGAAAAAUAAUUUUUUAUUGGUGAAAUUCAGAAACCCAAUGGAAAUCAGGAGACAAGGCUUGGACGGGUAGCAUACCAAAUUCAUUUUGUACUAAAAUAAUAAAAACCAAACAUGUCAGACAUCGGUUAAUUGCAAGUUUAAAUUAGUAUUCUCCCACAGGCUACAGGUAUGGUUAACAGUCCCACCAAUUGUUGACUAGCAAGGACAAACAAGAGGCUUUCAUUGUAUUUUCAGAGGCUACCCAUGCUAUUAUUCUCAAUCAUGUGACUACAUUUUCCAUUAUAUUUUACUCGCAAUUAUGUGAUUUGAUAUUGCCUUUAAUAAGUGGUAUAUGUAUGUCUUCCUUUUGAAAGGGUAGCAUUGUCACGGAGUGGAUUUUUAAUUGUGCCAUUAAAGUUGUACAGAGAAAUUACUUUAUGUGCCAUCAAUUUUGCUUUGACUCCCUUUUCAUAAAUAUCUGGCUAUAAGAAA